GAAAAUUUCUUUUCAAUAUGGCUUCCGGCGACACUGCACUAUGGCUUCACAAUAAAUUAGGAUCUACGGACGAUCUCUGGUCAGGCAAGACAAUAUGUUCCCAACUAAGUCAGAACAAGUUACAGAGUAUCCAUGCUUGUUUUCACACCUUACAGCCGCAUGUGAAGGUCAAACUCAUGCUGUCGUUUCUGCACAUCCCAAGGCGAAACGUAGAACAGUGGAAAGGUGACCUUGAGGAUAUUCUGGCAUUAGCAACACAUGACACAGAUCAGUGGGUGUCGACCAUCGCGGAAAUCCUCCAGACUUACCCCAGUACAGGAUGUCUAAAUUUAGAACUUGAUAACAGUAACUCCACCUUCAUGGAAAUUCUUACAGACCUCAGUAAAGUGGUGAAGAAGUGUGCGGGAGUGAGGAUGCUACCCAUGGAAUGCCAGUUCCUGAAUAAGACGGCACUAGUAGCCACCACUGGACCCCUCCCCCAGCCCGUCAAACACUUCGCCCUGAAACGGAAACCCAAGUCAGCCAUCCUCAGAGCCGAACUUUUACAGAAAUCCUCGGAAGUGGCCAACAAUAAAAAAAACAAUGCUCCUAACAGUGUUCCCUACAAAGUCCGCAGCUUUGCCAAAAAGAUGGACGACACCACCCCCUUGAAGGGCCUCCCUGGGAGAACCCCGCCCUCAGCAGGAUUCCGAUCCCCAGGAACUGUGCCAGGGCGGACUAACUCACUGCAGGGAAACCCCCUAGCAGGACACAGACAGAACUCUCUAAAAAAGGAGGGAGGAAUAAAGCUUUUGGAGCUGGAAGCUCUACCCCUGGGUCCAAAGGAAGCAAAAAGAAGGAAGAAAAUACAAGAAAUGGAAGAGAUAGAACAAAGGAAGAAGGAGAAGGAAGCAGCUGCAGCAGCAGGGACCAACCCAACCACUGCUUCUUAUACCCCAGACUAUGCUGCCGGUCUAGUGUCUCCUGCCCCCUCUAAGCUGUCCACCUCCACUACCACGUUACCGGGCGUGACGACGGUCUCCCUGUCCACCCCGACCCCCACUGUUACCUAUGUCCCUCCUGCUGCUUCACGCCUGGCGGCUCCAACACCCCCCACUUCUUUUGUUUCCCCUGUCACUGCUACACAGCAACAGGCCAGAGAUAAUCUCCAACAACAGUUAGAGCAACAGCUCGGCCAAUCACAGAUCAGGACACAAACGUCAAUACAAACCAACCAACCACAGACAGCCUUACAAACAAAUGUUCAGCAACUACCCAAUCAGAAUUCUCACCCACAGUCCCAGCCCACAGCAGCUGCAGCUCCACAACAGAAGAAAGGGCUUUCUCUCACAAAAGAACAGAUGUUGGAGGCACAG